UACACACGUGUAGAGGGAGGCCGCGCACAGGUCUUGCACGCAAAAGGUGCGGUUCAUAGAAUUGUGCGCUCCUGCAAAAUUGGGAAUUCGUAUUCUGUUCGUCGCGGUGCAAUUCGAAGGUGUCGAAAUGGCUGCUUUGGCUCUGGUUCUAACUGUGUUCUGUAUCUCUACUAUUGUCUACUGUAAUCCCGUGAUCGAAGUAUCGUGCGACUACGGUGAAUACAGCAAGUGGAAACCAGGCUUUAGGCCUGUACCAACCCACCAAUGUGCGAGCGGCUACGUGGUUGUAGAGAAGAGAAAUAGAACCACCCUCUCUGGUGACUGUGAUAACCAAACAGAAGAAAGAAUAGCAGAAUGUGCCCCAGAGCAGAGUUUGAGGCUUGCAAUGCUCUUGGAUCUUGGUGGGGCUGGACAAAAUAUGAACAGCUUAGGCCUUCGUGCAACUGAGGGCAGUGGAAGGUUCGGCAGAGGGGCCAACCUUCCUUGGGAUGAUGAAGACUAUCGUAUGGGCCGACAUGUUCACAUAUGCCACAACCGAGGACGAAGAAGUGAUGACGCUGAUGAUGACAAAGUGGAAAACCAUGAGUAUGAAACACAACCCCAUUCCACUCCUGAACCGCAACCGCUAGAGAAUGACCCAGUUGAAUUUGAUAUCCACAAGCACGGUCAUAGAUACAGGCGUACAACACAGUGUGAAGUGCAGCAUGUUCUGUUUCUUCUUGAUACGUCCGGGAGCAUAGGCAGGCAUGACUUCAAGAGACUAACCACUACACUUGGUGAUCUGGUUCCUCUGUUUUGCAAGUCAAUCGAAAUCGCUGCAAUGACAUUCAGCCAAAACCACUUUCUGGAAUUUUGCUUCAAUGAAUUUGACAAUGACUGCGCUGGCCGAUUUGCAGCCAGGAGAGCCAUUAGGUCCAUACAAUAUCGGGGAGGUUCAACUCACACAGCUGAAGCUGUACAAUGCGCCUUUGACAAUAUUCUCAUGCCCAGCUGUGGCUUAGCACAAGAUGCUGAAUGUAUCAGCAUAGUGUUCUUUACAGAUGGGAUGUCUAACGGACCUGGCAAUGUUUGUGAAGUAGUCGAACAAUUAAAGCAACAGCGCAAGUUCGAGUCCUUCUCAGUUGGGAUUGGAAAAUCGACCAACCAAGAUGAGUUGAGGUGUCUGGCAAGCGAUGCAGACAACAACUUGUUCCAGUUUCCAAGUUUUGGCCAAUUUGUCAAGGAACUGGGCAUGAUCGAAUCAGUGUUUGCAAAAACUGGGUUUUCAUGCGUGAAUCCAGUGGGAUCAAAGCCAUCUGAAACUUUUGAUGAUACAGGGUCUGAAUGCACUAAGUUUUCUUUUCAAUCUGGUGAUGGGUCAGGGGACUAUUCUGGCUGACUGACUGUACGCUAUCAUCAUUACGGACCCCUUAGCAGAUAACUGCAGUACUAUAAUUAUCGGACCCCAAUUGUUUCGAGCAUGCG